UUGUAAAUAGUGGGAAAGAGAAAAUUAUCACGGAUUUUAAUAAAUAAAAACUGAUGUAAAUAAUUAAACUAUGAAUAAUUUGUUGAUGCACGAAAAAUGACUUCUAACAAUCUUAUAAACUCAGUUCGUCAGUAUCUGGCUUCGCAUUGUAUGCGUGUAGAAGAAGAAUGGCUAACGGGAUGUGUAGAAUUCUUGACAGAAGACAGUAGCAAUAAUUACUCUGAAGCAGAUAUAAAGAACUUGGCUAAGGAGCAAUGGUUGUUGAAUGAUCUGAAAGAAAUUUGUCCGGGGUCUUUGCCCCCCAAUCUUAAAGAGAGGGUUAAGACUGUACUGUCAGACAGGUUCGUGCUGCAGAUCAACGCUGCUGUAGAUAUAGGAACCCCAGCUUAUCAGCAAUAUCUGAAGUUGCAAAAGGUGAACACAGAGAACAUUGAUGCCACAACCAAGUUUGAUGAUAAAAUACCAAACCACAGGAUGAUUAAGUUGUAUCUCACUGAUGGUGUUCAAGAGAUAUCAGGCAUAGAGUAUAAGCCCAUGAGGAACCUCUCCUGUGAUAUCACACCAGGCUGCAAAGUACUUAUAAAAGGACCCGUAGAAUGUCGUCGUGGCGUCCUGCUGCUGACUGAGAGUUCUAUAGAGCUCCUCGGCGGGGAGGUGCAAGAGAUCGCCGUGUCCCACUCUCUAGCUGGCAUGCUGUCUUCCAAACUUGGCCUGCCCAUUACUCAAGAAACGGACGGAGCAGACCUCAACACCACAAUAUCUCAUCCACGGAACACCAACAUCCCAACACCGCACACUCAAAUGCCACCAGCAAGACAAGUCGAUGACUCCCGCCCAGUGGCCAGGGUCACCAGCCUCCAAGUAGCAAGUACCAUAGCCGACGACGACAUUGACCUGGAUCACAUAGCCGCUAUAGAAGCUGAGUUCUCUACCAACCCUGGCAAAAGGCAGCUAACACAUUUAGAUCUGAAGCCAGAGAAGAAAUUAAAAACAGAAGUCGUCAACAAUCCCGAUGACUACCCUGAUGAUAACGACUUUUUAGACGAAGAUGAGGACUAUUUGAAAGAAAUGGAAGCUCAGUUUGACGCUCAAACUGCUAAAGGUCCCGUAAAGGCGUCUUCAGAACCGUUCGUUUAUAUCAAGCAAAUCAAUGACAUGAAACACAGUGAUAAAGUGGGAAGAGUAUUCAAAGUGAAGGCUCAGAUUAUGAAGCUUCUAUCCAAGUUGUCAGUGGGCAAAGAUGGGUGGAGUCUGAAAUGCACUCUCAUAGAUGGCACAGGAAAUAUAGACGUAGAUUUCACGAGCGAUGUUCUAUCCAAACUAGUCGGGUUCACGCCUCAGGAGAUGAACGAUUUGAAAAAGAAAAUGGCGUCCAAUCCAGCGCUCAAAGAAAAGGCUGUUUCUGCACUACAGAAAGCCAAGGAUACCUUACAAGUGUUGUACUGUAUAAUAGAGCUGACAAUCCUAGAAGUGCCUAAAAUCACCGCUCUUGUGCCUUUUGAAGAAUCUCACGUCGAUUUGCUAAGUAAAAGAGUUAAAAGUUACGAAUCUGUUUUAUAGCAUUAAAGAUGAUUUUGUUAUAAAAUA